GUCAUCAUCACCUCAGCCGCCACAACAAAGCACCAAGACCCCCAACGUGGAAUUGUAUACCAUCUUCCUAUACUAAACCAUUCUACCACGCCAUACGCCCCGUCUCCUCUUGCGUUAUAGAUUACUAUCCUAUGUGCAUUAUUACCUAGGCAAUAUUUUCUACCUCCGAAGAUCCUCCCAUCCUGCACGCCUUGAGCGCUGCCGGGCCACGUGAUACAUAGACACGAUGGCUACCCCCAAGUUCAAUACCAAAUCGCCCACAAUCAAGCGCAUAUUGCGUGAAGCCGCCGAGCUCUCUAAUUCACCGUCCCCCGACUACACAGCAUCGCCCCUAGAAUCCGACCUCUUCGAGUGGCACUUUACGUUGCGAGGUCCUCCCAAAUCUGCCUUUGCGGAGGGUAUAUACCACGGCCGUAUUGUACUACCCCCCACGUAUCCGCUUAGCCCACCAUCGUUCCGCUUUACAACGCCCAGCGGUCGCUUUGAAGCGAAUCGAGAAAUCUGCCUAAGUAUAUCUGGUCACCACGAGGAGACAUGGCAACCGGCCUGGGGUGUUCGGACGGCUCUUGUCGCUCUUCGCACUUUCAUGGAAACCGGCGCGAGCGGGCAGAUUGGUGGGCUUGAUACAAGUGACGCAGUCAGAACGCGGCUUGCUGCAUCAAGUCGUUCCUGGCGCUGCGGUGUUUGCGCGCGGACAAACGAGGAGAUCAUCGCCGAAUGCGAAGAACGAUGUCGCGAGACUGGCGAAUCCUCGAAGUCGAAAGAGGUCGAGAUCCCCGCCGAGCUGAGGAUGGGAUUUCGCGACGAGAUGGAAAAGGCAAAAGCUAGCACAGGCGAGGGUGCGACAGGAGAUGCCGAGAGCGCUGAACUAGCCGAAGGCUUCGUACAAACUACUCCGGAGCAGCCACAGAAUGCGCCGGUUGCUGGAGCAGCAGCGCCACAACCAGCACAACCUGUCCAAGGAGUGCCUACCCCGACACCAACAACAAGGAUACCUUUGUCUGAUCCGAUGUUGGUGCGACCUGCCACAGCUCAGCGGACGAUACAUGUAGAUCCAAAUGGCGGCGUGCCGCCCUGGCUUGACUACGCUAUCAUGGCAUUGGUUAUGAUGCUAGUUGCCAUCAUCCUUAAAAUCAUAUUACGGUGAAGAGGAGAUUGCCAUGGUUUUUUUUAUCCCGCCGUGAGGCGAAUGAGUGAACGUAAAUGCGUGGAGUCUGGCGCUUCUAGUCUAACUUUUGGGAUACAUUAUGUAGAUGUUCGUCAAAUUCAAACAGCCUACUAGACACUAAGAUUUUGUGUAAUUAUAGAUUUGUAGACGGCAGCGCCUCUAUUUGUCUGACCCUUUGGAAAUUUUGAAUAUUACUGAUAUGCUGUGG